GUUCCCACUUUCAUGGGUGUGGUGAUUAGCUUGCUUGGUGAAAAUUUUAGUCUAAUCCGACCCGAGUUGCGCUGGCUUCUCCCCCAUUUAAACCGAUUAAAUUGUUUUAAAAUUAACACGUCUGCCUUUGCGAUUUCUCCCACAGCUGGGAUCAUGGUUGUCGUGUGAAAACGGAUCGGUGUGACUCGGAUUGGAAGGACAGACAGAGCCAAAAAGCCUGUUUCAGGUGUCAGCUGGUAAAGUGUGAGUGUGUGUGCGUGUGCGUGUGUGUGUGUGUGUGUGUGUGUGUGUGUGCGCGUGUACAGGCACGUGUGUUUUCCCAGCUCAGUCAGUGUUUUGAGUGGAGUGUGGCCUGAGUACAUCACAGAGGGACAAUGAGCGAGCUGGAACAGUUGCGGCAGGAAGCCGAGCAACUACGCAAUCAGAUCCGGGAUGCUAGGAAAGCCUGCAGUGACUCCACUCUGUCACAGAUCACAGCUGGUCUGGACUCAGUGGGCCGGAUACAGAUGCGGACGCGACGCACUCUCAGGGGCCACCUGGCCAAGAUCUAUGCAAUGCACUGGGGGAGCGACUCCAGGUUACUUGUCAGUGCCUCGCAAGAUGGAAAGCUAAUCAUAUGGGACAGCUACACAACAAAUAAGAUGCAUGCCAUCCCGCUGCGCUCUUCCUGGGUGAUGACGUGCGCCUAUGCCCCCUCUGGGAACUAUGUGGCCUGCGGAGGCCUGGACAACAUCUGCUCCAUAUACAGCCUGAAGACCCGUGAGGGCAAUGUGCGCGUCACCCGAGAGCUACCCGGACACACAGGUUACUUGUCUUGCUGUCGUUUCUUGGAUGACAACCAGAUACUGACCAGCUCUGGAGACACCACCUGUGCAUUGUGGGACAUAGAGACAGGCCAGCAGGCCACCUCCUUCACUGGCCACACAGGGGAUGUGAUGAGUUUGUCUCUAAGCCCGGACUACAAGACCUUUGUGUCAGGAGCCUGCGACGCCACCUCUAAGCUGUGGGACAUCCGUGAUGGCAUGUGCAGGCAAUCCUUCACCGGCCAUGUGUCCGACAUCAACGCCGUCACCUUUUUCCCCAAUGGGAAUGCCUUUGGCACUGGCUCAGAUGAUGCCACCUGCAGGCUGUUUGACCUGCGAGCCGACCAGGAGCUGAUGAUGUACAGCCAUGAUAACAUCAUCUGUGGCAUCACCUCUGUGGCUUUCUCCAAGAGUGGCCGACUGCUCCUGGCCGGCUACGAUGACUUCAACUGUAACGUCUGGGACACUCUGAAAGGCGAGCGUGCAGGUGUGCUAGCAGGCCACGACAACAGAGUGAGCUGCUUAGGGGUUACAGAAGACGGCAUGGCUGUGGCCACCGGCUCCUGGGACAGUUUCCUCCGGAUCUGGAACUAAACAAACCUCUUCCUUGUUGUACUCAAUCACUGCCUGCCAACUUCCUCCCCGCAACCCCACCCUACAUAUCCCAACUCAUCUGCUGGGCUGGACCUGCGGGGUGCACACUGUGUCAGCCGAAAUCCUCUUAAAUCACCCCCAGUUCUCCUCUCUGCUGGCAACCUGCCCACCUGUGAGAAAGUACCAACUCUUUCUACCUUUCCGAGUGUUUUUUAUUUUUUUUUCACCCAGCUAUUACACAAAAACAAAAAUAAGAACCUUUCAGUAAAGUUGUCCAAUCAAAAAUAAAAGAUGAGUUAUGAAAAACUGAAGGAAAAAAAUAGAAGAUUUCGCCCUUAUACCAAUUCUCUAGAAGGCGAUAAAGAGCGUCUGUUACCAUGACAAACAAGAUGAACGUGUGUAAUAUGUAAAUGUAUAUAUAAAGACAGUAUAUAUGUAUAGCAUUAUGUGUGUAUAUAUGCAUCAUAUAUGCAUAUAUAAUGUGUAUGUAUAUAUUUUUGUAGUUAAUUUCCCAACCCUUUUUUUUUUGUUUUUUUUUUCUGAUUUUGGGGGUUUUAUGUUUUAUUUCAAAUGUACAUAUAUUCACAUUACUACACAACAUAAUGCCAGAAACACUUUAUUUUAUCCUGUGAGUACCAGAUUGAGUGUAAGACAAUUUAGACACCGCAAUGUAUCAUAAUUCUACCUUUAAAAAAAAAAAAAAAAAAAAAAAAAAAAAAAAAAAUCUCCUUUCAUUUUCUAAUAUUUCUGCAACUUGAUGAUGUAGUCAAGCCCACUCAUCCAGCAACAAAAGAGGAUAUAGCAAGUAAACAAAACAAUUUGCAAAAAUAAAAUUUGGCCCAGCUAAGCUCACUUUCCUUAUUUGUGUGCGUGUGUGUGUGUAUUAUAGUUACAGGCAGUGGGCAUGACUCGUGCACCCUGUAUCUACAAAUGUUGCGUUCAUGUGAAUGAUGGCUAUGAUGGUAUAUUUAUUUUCUUUUAACAACACGACCCCUGGCAUUCCUCACCAGUCUUUUCAUUUGGAAGGAAAACGUCACACUGCUGUGGUAGUGAUUUAGAGAGAGAGAGCUUCAAAACCAACAAGCGGUGUUAAGUUUUUAGUCUGGAUUCAGCUUUAGCACCAAAGUAGAAACCAGUUAAUUUUAGGCUAAGAUAGAAAACUUUAUUUAACUGGAGGCCCUGCCUUGGCCUAUACUCACAUGGAUUGUGGUUUCAAAUCACCAGAUGCGGAAUAUCUCAAGACCACAUCCAUUCCUUGCUAAUCAACAGCUGUGUGAUAUGAUAACCCAAUAAUGGUCCGAAAAAAGAUGUUUUGCAUCAUAAUAUCCCUGUCUCUUGUGGCCUAUAGAAUCUACACUUUUCCUUAAAGUCAAGACGAGCAUCUCAUGUUGCCCGUACAAAUGACUCUGAUGGACAGAAGGGCAUCGGAAAGAGAGACACGUUCUCCCCAAGCAGAAUCUGUUUUUCUACUAGCCUGUAACGGCUCUGAGGCCUGUAUGGACAAAUGGUAGAGCGGUCAGUCGUUAUGUGAGGAUAUUAAAGGACCAUAAAGGACAGCAGUGACUCUGUCAGUGGCCUCUGAGGACUAGAGAAAAGAUGAAGAGAGAGAUAAAGAUGUCUGUCAGAGCUCGCCAUGUCAUUUUCAUCUUUUUUCUUCUAAAUGAAGGAUCAACGAGUCCUUUUCGUUGUCAGCAAGGUGUAAACUAAGUGACUGCAUGGAACUGAAUUCAUGGUAGCCACUCACACCAGUGCCACUGCAAGCCUCUAAAAAAAACAAAACGAAGAAAAAAAACAAACAAAAAAAACAAAAGGGGAAACUUUUUUUUUUAAGGGUUUAAUACUUUCAGAGAUUUGUUUUCUUUCCUCACCAAAAACAUGUUAUGAACUGUUAAAUAUUGCUUGUGAAGAAAGUACACUUGGUAGACAGAAAUGUACACUUAGUAGAGAGCUAGAAAUGCACUCACAAACUGUAGUACAAAUGUAAACCAUCGAGCACAUGGCUUAUUUACCUAUAGAAGUGGUAUCUCUGAUUUUGAGUAUUUUCUCAUCACGCAUCUUACAUUAUUUUGGUUCCUCUAAAGGCUUACGUUAAAAAUUAAUUAAUAAACAUAAUGUUUGUGAGUUGGACCUAUCCGUCAGCUGUCCUAGGUGCCUAUCUCGAAAUAUAAACAUUUGACCCACAUGGGCUAGAUAAAGGAGUCCUGUGAGAUGUGGCACUAUAUGUCUCCAUUUUGCCUUACGAUACCAUUUAUAAUAGAAGGUAAUACUAGCAUCGACUACAUUAAUGUUCUCCUCUUACUAUUCCUUUUUACACACUGAUCAAUAAGAAAGAUUGCUAAUUAUUUCUUUUCCCAAUAGAAGCACAUUCUGAUACUAGUGAACACUAAAAAGCAUGCUUACAGAAAAACCACCACGACCACAUGCAGCGCCAUACUGCUUCUUAAAGCAAGUGUUUUACAUCACGUUUUAUACAAUUCUGCUUUCUACUACUACCGUACAGUUUGUAGUAUUUAUUUAGGUUCAAUCAGCUAUCAAUGAAACCCCUCUUUGGCAUACCGUGAUUCUAGUGACCUUUUUUAUUUUUAUUUUUUUUUAUGUUUUAGCUGCUUCUACCUUGCUUUGCGUUAUGAAUCCAUUUUGUGAGAAUGUUUAAAAAUAACAGUUAUAGUUUUUAGCCUGGGAAUAUCUUGGAGGUGUGUAGAAUGUGAUAUGUAUUGCAUAUCAGUGUUGAGGUGUGUGUGUGGGGGUGUGUGUGUGUGUGUGUGUGGGGUUGCUGAUGUAUGUGGAUAACAUAUAGAUCUAAGUGUUACUUCCUCAUUUGUGCCAAUGUUAUCCACAGACCCUGAGCUGUGAACUGAAAACUAGUCAGUGUGACAAAAAAAUGUUUGUUCACUUUACUCAAGUGCCAGCCUUCUCCAUAUCCUUCAAUUAAAGUCACAUCAGUAUCUGAUUUUUACACCCAAUCUGUUGUCUGAUCAAACAGGUGGACUGCUUAUAUCUGAAGAUGGGUUUUUGUAUCCCAAAGUGUUAAGUUGACAGUGCUUAUUAAGGCUGAAGUUUCUGUUUCAGUCAGCAGACAUCAGAAGUUCAUGUGUCCCCAGAUAAAGAUGAUAGACUGACAGUAUGUAUGUAUGUAAAGGAAUAGAUCAAUAUUUUGGGAAAUGUUUGCUUUCUGGCGGUUAGAUGAGAAGAUCCAUAUCUAUCCGUUAAAAUAUUAGGCUACAACCAGUAGCCACUUAGCUUAGCACAAAGACUGAAAACAGGGGGAAACAGCUAGCCUGGUUCUGUUCGAAGAUAAAAAAAUAAAAAUCUGCCUGCCACCACCACUGAAGCUCACAAAUUAUCAUGUUAUAUCUAAUUUGUUUAACAAAAAUUGAAGUGUAAAAAUGACAAUUCGCUGGACUAUUUCUUGGCUGGUAUGCUAGAGUAACUUCCUUGAGUUGCCACUGGUUGCCUGGCAACUAGUCCUCACAUACCCGGCCUGUUAAACGGCCAAUCAUCAUUUUUACACCCAGGUUUUUGUAAAUAUUAUAUAAGAUUUUAUUAUUAUUAUUAUUAUUAUUAUUAUUAUUAUGUGUUAAUUUGUGAGCAUUAGAGAUGAGGAAAGGCAGACGUUACCGUUUUGACAAAGCCUAGGCUAGCAGUUUCGCCCUGUUUCAAGUCGUUGUGCUAUGCUAAGCUAGCUGGUCGCUAACAUUUGCAGUAGCCUUUUAAGUUAUUUGUUAACUGACAGACAUGAGUGACAUCUUCUCUAGCUCUUCGCCAGAAAGCAAAUAAAUGUAUUUCCCCAAAAUGCCGAACUAUUCCAAUAAACCCACCCUGUUCUUUCUUACAAUUAUGAGCUGUGUGAAAUUGGGGUGGUGGGGGGGGGGUAAUACCAUAGCCCUUGACAGCUGAAAAGAGGAUUGUGUGUAUUACUGACGGCGAUAUUCAGCAGGCAACCAUUUCCCCGCUCUGUGUGUAAUUCAGCAGUAUUAGCAGCUGGAAUAGUAACACUUCUGUGCCUGUGCAAUUCACUCAUCUAAGUAGUCCAGUAGACUCAUUAAUCAAAAAGGUGCUUGACUUCAUUUAAUUUCACAUUAUUGUUGUAUUUACCUGAAGUCUCUCCUCCAGUUUCUUCUCACAUUAUAACUACACAACUGAUAUGGAGCUGUUGAAUCGGCUUACUUGAUGUUACAAAAAAUGUCAACAUUUGAUGCAUUUACAGUAUUGUCUGAAGUACAAAGCUCAAACGAACCUAAAUCUGUGACUUCUUUGAAUCAUUGGAGUUUGUAUGUUUGGCAGUAGUUGUUAGGCGAUCAAUGUAACUUGCCACUGUCACCCACAGUGCCAAGGUCUAACUUCAAAGAGCAGAUGUGAAAGAUUCACUGCUGCACAAGUUCAGGCAGUAUUUUGAGGACUGUAUUUGUACAACCCUCCAAUUUAGUAUCUGAACAUGACAAAUUAGAAGUUUCUGUUCAACAUUUAACACAGGAGAAAUAAAAUUCAGUGACACCCUACCACUAGAAUUGGUUAUGUCACAUGAUCACCACCACAAAAUAAUGCACUGCCCCUUUGACAUUACGACCUACUGUUCUGACAUUUGUUUUGAUUUUAUUUAUUGUUUUAUGCCAGUAAAGACCAGGGACUUGGUGCCAUGAUAAUUCAGUGCUAUUGUGUGAAAUUAUAAUCACUUGUUAUGGAAUAAUUUUUAUAGUCUUUUUCACACCAGACCUUUUUUUUGUAUUUGUACAGUGGCUUGGUGAUACUGAUAUGUUGCCAUGAGUUAUUGUAACCAAUAAAAAGCUUCUAACCAAGAA